AUGGCCGAAUCGUCCAGCUCGAAAGAGCUUCCGCCAGAUAUUUACAAGCCCCUCGAUAAAGACAACCGAGAAAUUCGCCUCUUUGAGAUCCUCCCGUCGGAAGACAUCAACGCAACAGUUGAGAUCCGGCUGUUCUCUCAUCGGCUGGGGGACAUGUCAGGACAGUUCAUCCCUUUCUCCUAUGUCUGGGGGAAUCCAACGGACACGGAGCCAAUCAAGGUCAAUGGAAUGUCGACAGCGGUCACUCGCAAUCUCGCCGAUUUCUUAAAGCAGACCCGCGCUUUGCUUCUCGAUAUCCUCACCAAGGGCUCCUGGGAUAAACCCGCCAUUUUUUGGGCCGAUGCCAUCUGCAUAAACCAGCAGGACAUGGAAGAGCGGAACCAUCAAGUCCAGCUCCUAAAGCCCAUCUACUCGUCCGCUCCUCUGGCUCUCGCCUGGCUCGGGCAUUUCAGUGACGCACAUCUCGCCGUUAGCCUUGCCGAGAGUCUUGGUCCACCACACAGCCUCGGUUUCAUCUCGAACUUGCCAAAUCUGGAUUACAGCUCUUGGAUGCAUGCGCAUCCGCACCUGUGGACCGUUUCCGAGGGCCGCAACGCAUAUUGGGAAGCCUACAAAGCGCUGGUUCAGUCGCCAUACUGGACUCGUACAUGGACCUUUCAGGAAAUGGUUCUGCCAACUGAUGUCCUCUUCAUGGUGUAUGGCCUUCUUGGCAUCAUAGAAACCCACCUAGAGGCGGACUACACAAAGGAUAUUGCCCAAGUCUAUAGAGAGUUCGCCUCGACGUGGAUUGAUGAGGUCAAGGACCUCAAUUUUCUCCUCUAUUCCCAAGAACACUAUCGCAUCGCCCGACGUAGCCCAAACCCGAUUCCUUCUUGGACACCAGACUGGGAAGGAAUCUCGCAGAAGGAGUACGAUGGUUCACCCUACCCCAAUCUUGGGGUUGUAAUGGCUACCUUUUCUAUCUCUUAUUAUGCGUCUGAGCAGUUGCCUGCCAGCAAUCCACAUCUGUGUGACGACCUGAGCACUCUGGUUGUUCCUGGGGUAGUGGCUGAAAACAGAGAUGCUAGCUUGAAGCGAAGCAUGGCUCUUUGCUUUCUCGUAGGCGUCCUCGCUUGGGCUGCUGACUCGGAGUGUCCGGAUUGGUACAGCAUUGCGGCAACUUACCUACCGCAGCUCUGUAUUCCCCUUGGCCAAGAUUUCUCAAGGGCGUGGAAAGAAGAGGUUUUCAAGGGCUACAGUGCCGAGGACCAUAUGACGGACUGGGAGAAUGCUGCUGCGGCUAUGGAGUGGACCUGGGAAAAUGUCAGGGAGGAUGUUGAGGCCGUGAGAUGGUAUACAAGAGCGUAUCUCGGAACCCCUCUGAAAUUUGUCACAAACAACGGCUACCUCGGAACUGUCACCGCCGCUCAGGCGGGGGACUUGGUGGUUGUGCUCGCUGGUUGCAAGGCCCCUGUGCUUCUCAGAAGGAAGGGAUCUCAUUACGAGCAUGUCGGGCCCUGCUUCGUGGUAGGGCUUAUGAAAGGUGAGGCCAAGCAGAUGGUGGACCGAGGAGAGGCAAAGAUUGAGACGUUUGAGAUUCGUUAG